UCAUGGCUUCCGAUCCGAGGGCUUCGUCCUUCCCCAUUCGCAUCCACUCCUUCUUCCUCGUCCCCCAACAAACUUCCAUUCAAAUAAUUCCCAUUCCUCCAUCCCCAUCCCCAUUACAAUCAUCCAUCUCUAAUCAAUUCAAUUUCCUCUGAUUUCCAUUUCCAUUUGUAGCUGCAAUGUCGUGGCAAACUUACGUCGACGAUCAUUUGAUGUGCGACAUCGAUGGCACCGGCCAUCAUCUCUCCGCCGCCGCUAUCCUCGGUCACGACGGCGUUGUUUGGGCUCAGAGCGCCACCUUCCCCAAGUUCAAGCCAGAAGAGAUCAAUGCUAUACUGACUGAUUUCGAAGAGCCAGGGCAUCUCGCCCCGACUGGCCUGUUCCUCGGAGGAGACAAGUUCAUGGUGAUCCAAGGAGAGCCAGGUGUCGUCAUCCGUGGGAAAAAGGGUUCUGGAGGCAUAACCAUAAAGAAGACAGGACAAUCUCUGAUUUUUGGGGUAUACGAGGAGCCCGUAACCCCGGGACAAUGCAACAUUGUUGUCGAACGGUUGGCUGAUUAUCUCAUCGACCAGGGUAUGUAGGCGACAUCUACAUUGUGCUUCUUAAGCUCUUCUUUAAUUCCCCACGCAACCAACAAUUGCUCGCUCGAGUGUUUUUCUUUUCUUUUCUUUUUUUUUUUUUUUUCUGCUUUAUAAAGUUCUAUCGUGCGCCUUUGAGGUGUAGUUCUUAGGCGACGCGGGCUGUCUGGAUCGCCUCGCCUUGGAAAUUUAAAGUAUUCGAUUUUUUGUUAUUUUAGUUUGUUUCUAAUGUUUUGUGAACUGGAUUGUGAUAUACACAAUUCAGCCAUAAGGUUGUUUUGGAUGACAUUUAAGUGAUUGUUUUUAAUUCUUAUGAAGUUUAUUACUCACAUUUUGAUCAGUAUAAUAGUCUAUAUUCGGCCUG